ACUUUCUUUUCCCUCUGAACUUCACCUCCAAUACCAUCAUACCUCCUUAAUAAGAAUCAGAAACUAGACACAAAGAACUUCAGCAACUAAAACCCAUAACAUCUUUCUCUCUCUCUCUCUCUCUCUCUCUGCAAUAAAUACAGUUUCUGCUAAAAAAAAACUUCCCUUUGAUAUGAAAAGUUUGAACCUUUUUCUUUCUCUCACACACAUGCUCAUAAGUCAUAACUUCUGAUUCUACUUCACUCUUGCUUCUUUCUUAAUCCAAGUUAUGGAAGAAACAGACGACUCCAAUGCAAACAAGAAAUGCACCACCAAGACAAGGAGUUUCAGAGGCAGAACCAAUCCUCACAAGCAUCAGUAUCAGCAUCAGCUGAUUCAAUACUCUAAUCAUUUUGGAUUCUGGAACCAAAACCAGUACAACCCAAGAUAUUACCCUGCUCUGCUUCCUUUACCUUCGCCUAUACCUUUACACCUAGCUCUAACUCCACCUCUCCCUCAAAACCAUAACUUUAGAUCAAAAACCCAUUUCCACAAACCUUCAUGUAAGCUCAAUAAUCCUCCUCUUGCUACCUCCUCUGAUACCCAACUCCCAGUUGUUACAAUUUCACCAGCUCCAGAGCCUGAGUGGGUUCAAAGGAGAAGCAAAGUAACCCCCAGAGGAGGUGAUGGAAGGAGGAUGAUGGCUGCCAAAACACAAGCACUAGUGGCCACAAAGAGACCAGACUCAGGUGGCGUAGAAGGACCAGUUAUCUCUCUCCUUGCCAAUCAUUUUCUGGUCCAGUUUGACCCAUCGCAGCGAAUUUUCCAUUACAAUGUCGAAAUGUCCCCUAAUCCAUCCAAGGAGGUUGCGAGAAUGAUCAAACAAAAACUGGUGGAGAACAACUCAGCUGUGCUCUGUGGCGCUUACCCUGCAUAUGAUGGCAGAAAGAAUCUUUACAGUGCUGUUGAAUUCCAAAAUGAUAGGCUUGAAUUCUUCAUAAGCCUCCCAAUACCCUCUAGCAAGUCACGGUUGCCAUAUGGAGAAUUCAAUGAUCUGAAACAAAAGCAACAACAGCUUAAACUGUUUCGAAUAAAUAUCAAACUUGUGUCAAAGUUUGAUGGGAAGGAAUUGAAUAGCUACUUGAGCAAAGAAGGUGAUGAUUGGAUACCCCUUCCUCAGGAUUAUCUCCAUGCUUUGGAUGUUGUCUUGAGGGAGAGUCCAAGUGAGAAGUGUAUAACCGUGGGAAGAUCACUCUAUUCGAGUUCGAUGGAAGGGACUAAAGAAAUUGGAGGAGGAGCUGUUGGAUUGAGAGGAUUCUUUCAGAGCCUUAGACCAACACAACAAGGACUAGCACUCAAUGUGGAUUCUUCUGUGAGUGCUUUCCACGAAAGCAUUGGAGUAAUUCCAUACUUGCAGAAGCGUCUCGAGUUUCUUAAAGACCUUCAUCAAAGGAAGACAAGGUGCUUGAGUGGUGAAGAAAAGAGAGAAGUGGAGAAGGCACUGAAGAACAUCAGAGUCUUUGUUUGCCAUAGAGAAACAGUUCAGAGAUACCGGGUUUAUGGAUUGACAGAGGAAGCUACUGAAAACCUCUGGUUUCCAGACAGGGAUGGGAAGAAUAUAAGGCUUCUGAGUUACUUCAAGGAUCACUACAACUAUAAUAUACAAUUCCGAAACCUACCUUGUUUGCAAAUAAGUAGGAGCAAACCAUGUUAUCUUCCUAUGGAGCUCUGUAUGAUUUGUGAAGGCCAGAAGUUUCUUGGGAAGCUUUCUGACGAUCAAACAGCAAGAAUACUUAAGAUGGGUUGCCAAAGACCAAAAGAACGAAAAGCCAUUAUAGAUGGAGUGAUGCGGGGACCUUUUGGUCCAAGUGGCAACAGAGGAAGCGAAUUCAAACUUCAUGUCUCAAGGGAAAUGACAAGGUUAAACGGGAGAAUUCUCCAACCUCCCAAGCUAAAGCUCGGCGAUGGUGGGCAUAUAAGAGAUCUUGUUCCUUCUCGCCAUGAUCGUCAGUGGAAUUUUCUUGACAGUCAUGUCUUUGAAGGAACCCGAAUUGAAAGAUGGGCGCUUAUAAGUUUCGGUGGCACCCCUGAUCAGAAGGCCAGCAUUCCAAAGUUCAUAAAUCAGCUAUCUCAAAGGUGUGAGCAAUUGGGCAUCUUUCUUAACAAAAACACAAUAUGCAGCCCUCAGUUUGAACCAACCCAAGUGCUUAACAAUGUCUCUCUCUUGGAAUCUAAACUCAAGAAAAUCCAUGAAUCUGCCUCGAACAAUCUCCAGCUACUGAUUUGUAUAAUGGAGCGAAAGCACAAAGGAUACGCAGAUUUGAAGCGAAUAGCUGAAACAAGUGUUGGGGUGGUAAGCCAGUGUUGCUUGUACUUAAACCUUAGCAAGUUGAGUUCACAGUUUCUAGCAAAUUUGGCUCUCAAGAUCAAUGCCAAAGUUGGUGGAUGCACAGUAGCUUUGUACAACUCAUUACCGUCACAGAUACCUCGCCUUUUUCAGCUUGAUGAGCCAGUUAUCUUUAUGGGUGCAGAUGUUACUCAUCCCCACCCACUAGAUGAUGUUAGUCCAUCUGUUGCUGCUGUGGUUGGCAGCAUGAACUGGCCAGCAGCAAACAAGUAUGUGUCAAGGAUGAGGUCCCAAACACAUCGACAAGAAAUUAUCCAAGAUCUUGGAGCAAUGGUUGCGGAAUUGCUAGAUGACUUCUACCAUGAAGAAAACAAACUCCCGAAGAGAAUAAUCUUCUUCAGAGAUGGGGUAAGCGAAACUCAAUUUUAUAAGGUGCUUCAAGAGGAAUUGCAAUCCAUUAGAGAAGCUUGUUCAAAAUUUCCUGGUUAUAGUCCUCCCAUUACAUUUGCAGUGGUACAAAAGAGACAUCACACAAGGUUGUUUCCAUGUGAUAACGAUCCAUCUUCGACUCAGAACCAGAUUUCCAAUGACAACAUUCCCCCAGGGACAGUUGUAGAUACUGUGAUAACUCACCCAAGGGAAUUUGAUUUCUAUCUUUGUAGUCAUUGGGGGGUGAAGGGAACAAGCAGGCCAACUCAUUACCAUAUCUUAUGGGACGAUAACCAUUUCACUUCCGAUGAACUACAGAAGUUGGUUUACAAUCUCUGCUACACAUUUGUGAGAUGCACCAAACCUGUUUCCUUGGUGCCCCCUGCUUAUUAUGCCCACCUGGCUGCAUAUAGAGGCAGACUUUACCUUGAGCGAUAUGAGUCUUCAACCUUCAUGGGAAGUUCUUCCACCAUCUGUCGAGCUGCCCCUCCAAAGGCAACUCCUCUUCCCAAACUUAGUGAGAAUGUUAAAAAGCUAAUGUUCUACUGCUAAUUUUCUUGCACCAACUUUGCAUAUCUAGAAUUCUCUGUACACUAAUAAAUUGGAAGAAAUUGAUCACUGUUGCUGGCUAUCUCUCAAUGUUAAAGAGUAGACAAAUAAUUGAAGGCUUAACUAAAUCAAGCAAAUAUAGAGUAAA